AACUUAUCCAGACGUAUCUUCCAAUUUCCCUUCCAUAUUUUCCGGUUGGGGCCAUAAAAUCUCUGCAGAUUUUUCCUGACAAGUUUCUCGCCAAAAAUGUCCUUUUCCGGAUCAACUUCUCCCUGAUCCGCAGCUUCUUCUUCCCUAAACCUCACCGGAAUCUGACUUCCGAUGGCCGUUCUCAUCCAUUCUCCGGAAGUUUCAUCCAUUUCCGGCCGCCUCCGCGGCGAGACUUCGGGGAGGAUUGUCACCAAUCCUAGCCACAGAGCUCUCAAAAGCGUCGCAAAUUUGAAGCGCUAUGAGAAAGGCGGUGGUAGGGGUAGGGUUAGAAUUGGGGUUCGUUCGAGCAUCAAGGAGUCGGAGGUUAGGGUUUCCGAUUUGGAGCAGAGCGCGGGUCUGUACGGACAGUUCUCAGCUCCAGUGAAGCCAGGAUCGUCGAAGCAGAGCAAAGAGGAUGAAGAGAAGCAGAAUUACUACGUGAAUACCGGGUAUGCGAUUCGGACUCUAAGAGAGGAAUUUCCGGAGCUAUUCUAUAGGGAGCUCAGUUUCGAUAUCUACAGGGAUGACAUUGUUUUCAAAGAUCCCCUCAACACUUUUGUGGGUGUCGAGAAUUAUAAGUCAAUCUUCUGGGGGCUUCGAUUCCAUGGAAAGAUAUUCUUCAAGGCAUUAUGGGUCGACCUUAUCAGUGUUUCACAGCCUGUGGAGAAUGUCAUAAUGGUUCGCUGGACUGUCCAUGGCAUCCCACGAGUCCUAUGGGAGAGUCACAGCAGAUUUGAUGGCACAUCUGAAUACAAACUCGAUAAGAAUGGAAAAAUCUUUGAGCACAGAGUUGACAACAUCGCCCUCAACUCACACCCCAAGUUUCGUGUCCUGGCCGUGGAGGAACUAAUCCAAGCUCUCGGCUGCCUAUCAACUCCCAAACCAACCUACUUUGAGAUUUUGCCCUCUUCCAUCAUAGACUUCACGCCACCACCACCGGAACUCACUAGGAUGACAUUCUGCAUGGCUUCAACCCUUGCGGUUUCUGGCGGAUAUGAAGAAGAAGCAGAAACUCCAAAUGAACCAUAACGUUUGCUGCUCUUCUUUCCAAAUUUUGGUACAUAUUGUGGUCUGUUGCAGCAAAUAAUGAGCUUCCAGCACCCAAGUUAGAUCCAGAUGGUAGGCCUUCUGGCCCGGUCCUAAUGGUGAAUACCCAAAAUCUAAUACAAGGUUGGAGUCCUUUUUCCCACAACCCAGUUGACUAUAAUGCUUAGCUCUCAUCUUCAACCUCCCACUUAUACUGUAUAAGGAUAAAGAUUGUAUACUAUGCAUACCAGGAGUGAAGUAUAUAGCUUUGGUGUGUUGUUAGAGAGCAAUGUUGUGUACUCUGUACUUUGUCAAAUAUUGUAUAGCAGUGGCUGCAUGUGUAGAGAGCAUAUUCCUUGGGCGAUUUCUCUUUGUGCAGAAGAAUUGCACCUU